GACAUCUCCAUUUUAACAGUCAAAAUUUAGAAGUCCGUCUUUAUGGUUUUUGGGUCAAUUUUUCGAUUUUUUCAAAAUUUAUUCAGGUCAGUUAGAUAUACAAUUAUGGGGGACUCUUCCGAAGUAAAGCCGGAUUUACUGAAUCAAGUGAUCGUGCCCCCCAUACCCAAACUGGGCGACUCGCAUCUGUACUGGAUGUGGCGAAUGCUUAUUAAGACGUAUCUGGCUGCCAUAGGACUUUGGUCGCGAAACCUUCCGAGGGAGAGCCCCCACGCGAAAUUUGUACUGCUGAGCACCUUGGAAAUUUGGGCUAUUCGAAAGGAGUACGAUGUGAUGAGUUGCAGAGCUAUUUUCGAAGAUCUUGAACAGCGAUUUGCUGCCCCGGCUAGCCGAAACAACUCGAUGGAUAGCAUUAUGUAAAUGUAUUAGGAAGAUCUCGUUCGAUUGGAGCCUUUCUAUUUCGGGGACACCCAUUUAACGUUGUAUUCCUUACUAAAAAUGUUUUGUAUUAAAUUCUGAAUUCCGUGAAUCCA